AUGCAUCCGGUCUCUGCAGACGUCGACGACGGAGGUUGCCUUCCCCCACUCAACUCCCCCAACCUCCUCAAGCUCGGUUCUUCCAUCGCAGACAAGAACACAUUCCUCCGCUCCUACAUCCGCUCCCAGGAAGCUCACCUGGCGAGCUACGUUGUCGAGGGAAAGUCCGGAGCACCACCUACCGACAUUGGCACACCGAAGAAGACGAGGACGGUUCUCCGAGACUUCGAGAUCGAAAGUGGUUUCGGGACGCCCAUCCUCAAGCAUAGGACCAUUUCGAGACCAACAGAUCCAACACCACCUAUCAAAAAGAGUAGGCUCGAGGAUGUACCGGAGAGGGUUUCAGUGGCUCCAGUCCGGGCUAGGCACGGCGACGACACCCAGCAGGAUAAGAAUGUGGUCGAAAGGAGCGGUCGGCCCAAGGAGCGUGCAGUAGACCCCAAUGUCAGUCGCAAAGCCAAGAGUCCCCGGGAGAAAUCUCCUACGACCACAAACGAUAAAGGCCAAGCUAGAAAGAGCACGGAGAAGGAUAAGUGCGGGAGAGCAGAGACGAGCAAGCGAAAACACAAGGAAUUGGGCUCGGAUGACGAGCACCGCAAUCGUUUGGAGGAAAGACGGGAGCGGAGGCGCGCGAAGAAGGCUAUUGUCGCUCCGAAACCUCCGCCUCCAGAAAGUGAUUCGGGCGAGGACACCGAUCCCAAACGCGGAGGGCGUGCGGGCAAGGCCUCCAAGAAGAGUAAGAAAGGCAAGGGCCUCAGCAUGCCUGCAGGUUUGGCCUUGAUGCACGGUUUCUCGGCGACUAACAUUGGGAAGAAUCGCUUGACAGUCAAGCUCGACCCUGUCGUUGGCGUGUUUAACAAAGGAAAGGCGUCCGCGAAGACUGUAGUAAAGAAGAGCAAGCCUACUAAACCAUAUCUGAAGCUAUUCUCUGAAGACCGUUUCCUGAGCAAGACGCGCGGGCAGAACAAAGACGAUGGCGCAGACAGCGAUGCUUCCGAUGACCAACAUGAAGACCGCGACCAUGACCACGACCAUAGCGAAGACGGCGCAUUGGCGCCUCGUGCAAAGCCUCGCAAGAAGCAGGUUACCCCUCCGCGGACGAUAAAGGUCGCCCAGAAGCGUGCACGAUCACCCUCGAGCGCCAGCGGGUUAUCGAGCGAUGAGGAGAAUGAUCUGCGUCGUCCUCAGCUCGAUCCUGCCCCUCCGAACAAACUACAUAAACGUCCCCGUGCGGAAUCGCCGACGUGGGAUAUCGAGUUGGAGGAAGGAAAGCUCCCCUCCGAAUCCGAUCCUGACACGUCUGUGGUUUCUAGAGCGGAGACGAAGGCUGAUGGCACCGUGAUCCUCGACAUGCGUGUGACUGGCGCGAAGUGGCUCUCUACGACACAGGAGAAACUCUCGCGAAUGGAGGAAGUCGUGCCGACGGAGGACGUCGCGCUAGACGAGAAACGAUCGGAGCCAUCAUCGAUCGCUCCCUCCAACUCUGCCUCGCAAACCGCGUCUCGCCGUCCUGACCGGGACGCAGACGGGGUUUCUAUUUUCUCCAAAUACUUCUCGGCGCUCGAUCCUCCUAUCGUUGAGCCCGCUGCCUCUUACAGGAUGCCAGACGCACCUUCGUCUCCGCCACUGCCUGUCCUUCAACACGCAUCCGCCAAGCACGGUGGGAACCUCAUCGUCACGGAGAAUCCGGGUUACCAAGACACUCUGGACCCACACUACCGGCCCACCUCUGGCGGAUCUGUCCAUAUGCCUGUGUCGUCCGCUGCUCUCGCUGCUCCUCGGCUGGUGGAACGAAGUGUUUCCCUUCCGGUUCCAAGUGUCUGCCCUCGGUCUCCUCUAGUGUCUACGUCGCCUCUGGGAUUCUUUUCCGGGCCCCCAUCACCUGCGCUUUCUGGGUCUCUUGCUCUGCCUGCUAAAUUCAACUCAUCGGCAUUCGCUUCUGCUAGGGAGCGGUAUCAUACAUCUGGGGUCAAGCGUCAACAGCCACGGCCCAGAAGUAGUCACCCUCGACGCUCGACUACGGCUCACCGUUCACCGGAACGUUAUGGGACUGAAUACGACUCCGAACAACACCAAGUCCAGUCCGCUUCCGACGAGUUCGCAUGCGCAGAUGGUUAUAUUCGUAGCCCUCAGCUUGACGGACUCGAGCUAUGCUUUUCCGGUGCCCAGGAUCCUGUGUUUCUAUCCGAUUUACCUGCUCGGGCUGUCCGUUAUGCGGGUGGCGAUGACGUCUAUGAGCUUGAGGUCUAUGCUGGGUUCUCAGAGGCCUAUUGCGACGAAUUUCCUGCGGAUCUUGCGUCCUCGACAGGUCAACGCGAACUAGACCCUGCAUACCCGGGAGAAGACGAGCCCCUGGUCUAUUACCGUGACGAUCGCCUAGGCGUGUCUGGUCAUGACGAGGACUGGCGCGACGAGGAGCCAUACGACCUUUACCCUCCCGACGGAGCGCUGGGCGGAUCCUGCGACGAACUUCCCUUAACCUACUGCGCUAUGGAAGAGGCCGUCUUCGAUGACGUCUAUUGCGCAGAAGGCUCUGGAGACAUCCCGGCCGAGCGGAGUGACUUUGUCUCUGAUGAUUUUGCCUUCGACCCUGAGCUCGCACCUGGCGCGGGGACGGAUCUGGAGGAGGAUCUCGGCUACGACAGCGCGUCGGACCCUGAGAAUCAGUCGGUGCUGGGGUCCUUGCAACGGUUCUCGCAGGGUCGGGCGUUGCUGAUGGGCGUGGCGGAGCUUGGGCCGGGCAACGACGGUCCAGCGGGAGUGUCGAAGGCGGAGGAGGAUGUGGCGAAGAGCUUGAAGGGACACUGGCAGCGGCAGCGGUUCUAA